AUGCGCUCUUUGUACGUAUGCAACCCGAGCAUGCACAGAGUCGUGCGAGUACCUUCCGGCCCGAAUAAUGCCCGUUUUCAGAACUUGGGAUUCGGCCAUCUUCCCAAGAGGAAUGAGUACAAGAUAGUUAACAUGUUCAAGGGUGAUAAAAUGAAAUGUGAGAUUUUCUCGUUCAAGAGCGGCGAAAACGUGCAAUCGGGUUCUUGGAGAACAAUUAAGGAUUGCCCGUCUAAUAAUGCAUGGUGGAUGGACGGAUAUCCCGUUUGUGCUAACGGGAUUAUGUAUUGGACGCUUUCGUCCUUAUGCGAAAAUAAGUCCAUCUUGUGUCUGAAUUUGGAAAACGAAGAAUUUAGCAGCAUUUGUUAUCCGGUGCACGGAAAUAGAAAGUACAGUUUCUUGGAGUGUGUCGGGCUAAUGGGAGAUUUACGUGUGGUGGGAUUAUCAGCCGAGGAGCCAAAAACGAUCGAUAUUUGGGCAUCGAACGAUAAAGAGAAGGAAGUUUGGGGGAUUGAAUGCAGAGUCGAUCUUUUCCCUUUGUGUCCUAAGUUUAUAAUUCCUACUUGUGAUGGUGAGUCUGAGGAAAUAUUGGUGCAUAUAAGUGAGAAGGAUUUGAUUUGUUAUAAUGUAAGGAGUGGGACUUGGAGGAGGGUAGAUUAUUACAAGGGUAUGAAGACCUAUAAUAAACCAUGCUUGUACUAUGAUAGCCUUGUUCCUCUGUAA